UCAGAGGGGAAAGGGGGACUCAGCAGGAGCUGCUCCCACCGCCUCGUCGACUGGCACUGGGAUGUGGCUUAGCGAAUCGGUUGUGCCCGGGGGCAGUGGAGGAGGAAGGACAGAAGAAAGACAAAGGCAGGGUGCUCCGACGGGCGGUGGCAUCUGGGUGUGGGUGGCGCGGACCCGGCAGCUCGAGGCGGCGCUGUCGGGAGGGCGAAGAGGUUUCUGCCUCGGGGCUGUGGCUUCUGUUGUGCCCUUCCCCAGCCGACCGAGCCCGGCCCCGGAGCCUCCCUGUCCCGGGGCGGGCUCCACCAGCGCAGACACUUCCCGCAUCCGUCCGCCCUUCCUUCCUGCCCCGCCGCUUGUCUCUGACUACUGGGGCGCCGAGCCGUGCUGGCCCCAGUAUUAGUCCCCGGGUUAACUCUGUGAGCUCUCGCACUCCCGCCUGCAGGAUCCCGAGUACAAACAGCACUCCGUGGAAGCCAAGGUGCCGGAUGUCCCGGCUGCCAUCCUUCACACUCCGCGUCCCUGAGGACACCGACAACGAUGACCAGGAGCCAAGCCCGGACAGUGAAGGAGCUCUGCAUACCUCCUUCCACCAGCUCAUCCAGGAGCAGAGCAGCUUGGUAGAGGCAAGCCUGGAGCUGGAGAUGCAGGCAAGGGGCAGAGUUCCUCUCUCAGAGCACCUGAUUGUCCCAGAUGCUUGUGCCACGACCUGGCUGGAGCCCAGGCAGGGCAAGUGGCACCCCGACUACUCCUCCACCUGCCUGCAGAUCCUUGCCAAAAUGCCCAGUCGCACAAUUGGACGCAGCCGCGGGGCCAUCAUCUCUCAGUACUACAACCGCACAGCGCGGCUGCGGCGCCGGAACAGCCGCCCGCCCCUGCAGCAGCUCAGCCGCACAGCACGGCCCAGCCUGCGGCAGUAUGAUCUGGAGAAUGACCCUGUCAGAGCCGCACUGAAAGACAAGUGGAUCUUGCUGGCAAAGGAGCUGCUGAGCCUCACCCCCAGCCAGCGCAGCCGCAUGCUGCUUACCGUGCCACUCAGCCUGGCAGAGAAGCGCUAUCUCGGGCGGAUGCCGAUUGAGGUGAGGGAUGUCAUGAAGCAGCCUAUCCAGUGCCGUAUGCCCUCCUCUGCCCGUGGAGGGUUCAAAGACUCCCUUUUUCUCGGCUGUCGGGGUCUCUGGUACGGGCUUCUCUCCUUGCUCGCCGCUGCACGGCCCUGGCACUACACCCUGAAGCAGAUAGGUGGCCGCUUCGGCUCCAGUGUCCUCUGCUACUUCCUCUUCCUCAAGAGUCUCCUUCUGUUCAACACCAUCUCAUUCCUCAUCCUCGUGGUCUUCGUGGUGGCCAUGCAGGCUGCGUAUCCCCCCGACUUGGCCAAUGCCCAGCCUUUCACCGGCCUCGAGCUCCUCACAGGAGCGGGCUACUUCACUCACUCGCUGCUGUACUAUGGCUACUACAGGAACGUCACCCUCGAUGACUCCUGUGUCUCCAGCCCCAGUGGCAGCAGUUGUCCCCUCACAGCUCACUCAUUCCCGUACAACAUGCCACUGGCCUACCUGUUCAGUGUUGGGGUCUCCUUCCUUCUCACCUGCAUCCUGCUGAUGUGCAGCAUGUCCCGCUCCUUUCGGGAGAGCUACCGUGUGGGCAGCUCCACAGGAGACCUGGCUGUCAAAGUCUUCUGUGCCUGGGACUUCAAGGUGAUCCAGAGGCGCUCCGUGAAGCUGCAGUGCCAGAACAUCUGCACCCAGCUGAAGGAACUGCUGGCAGAGCAGAGGUCUCGGUCCCGCUCCUUGAGCCUCUGCCAGUGUCUGGGACACUGCACUGUGCUUUUCCUGGCCUGGACCCUCUCUCUGGGCACAGUGCUGGGCUGUGCAAUAGCUGUGCACUACUUCUCAGAGCACAUGCACGUGGUUCAGCAGGACCACCGAGCGCAGGGUGGUGAUAAGUGGCAGCAGGAAGCCAUCCUGCUGGUGCUGCCCUUUGUGGUGUCUCUCCUCAACGCGCUGAUGCCCCACAUCUACAACUUGCUGGCGAUAUGGGAGAAACAGGACUCCCCUGUGGCACGGGUCUACGUGGCGAUCAGCAGGAACCUCAUUCUGAAGAUGGUGGUCCUUGGUCUGCUCUGCUACCAGUGGCUCAGCCGGAGAGUUGUCUGCUCAACAGAAGAGUGCUGGGAGACAUGUGUGGGGCAGGAGCUGUAUCGCUUUGUGGUGAUGGACUUCAUAUUCACUCUGCUGGACACACUCUUUGGGGAGCUGGUCUGGAGGCUGAUCUUGGAGAAGAGGCUGAAGAGGAAGCAAAGGCCUGAGUUUGACAUCGCCCGAAACGUGCUGGAGCUGAUUUAUGGGCAGACUCUGACCUGGCUGGGCAUUCUCUUUGCACCACUCCUGCCAGCCAUUCAGAUGCUGAAGCUGCUGCUGCUGUUCUACAUCAAAAAGACCAGCCUGAUGCAGAACUGCCAGUCUCCCAGCAAGCCUUGGCAAGCAUCUCGCAUGAGCACUGUCUUCAUCACCCUGCUAUGCUUCCCAUUCUUCCUAGGGGCAGCUGUCUUCAUCUCCUACACCAUCUGGUCGGUGCGGCCAUCAGAAACCUGUGGUCCCUUCCAGGGGAUAGAAACCAUCUAUGAGUCAGGAAAGACCUGGGUGAAAGUGCUGGAGAAGUCUAACCCAAAGAUCACCUGGCUAACCUGGGUCCAACAGAACCUAGUGGAGAACACCUUCCUCCCAUUCUUCCUGUCUGGAGUCCUGCUAGCUGCAAUCUACUUCAAUAUCCAAGUGGUGAGAGGCCAGCGGAAGAUCAUCCGCCUGCUGAAGGAGCAGAUUGACAAUGAGGGGGAAGAUAAAAGAUUUCUUAUUGAGAAGCUUCACUCUGUUUAUGAGCAGAGAGAGAGAAAGAAACAUAAAUUCCAGACGUCCCAGGAAGAAGCAGGACAGGACUGUACUUGCAGCCAGGGACUGGAUCCAUCUCUUUCUAAGCCACCAGGAGGUGGUGUAGAAAGCACCGGGACCAUGGGAACUGCAGCGGCCUCCAGCAUACAGCUGAUCAAGGACCCACUGGGGAUGCUGUGACACAGGCACAUGGGUGCUCCCAGUGCCCAGAGCUGCUGGGGACACAGCAGGAACAGCACUGCCAUCACGUCCCAGGACAUAGCUCUGCUCCAGGCUGCUCAGUAGCAGAGCCUCUUUACAGGGUAGUGUCAGCAGAGGACAGCUCUCCCCAUCCUGUACAUGUCCCAGCCUGCCUAGAGAACAGCCUUGGGCUGUUUCCAGAAGUCUAUGAGGACAGCAAAGCAGAGACAACCUGCAGCUCCCUCUGCAUUGCCUAGGAGCAGUGAGGCUGGAGCCAGCAGCUGCCAGACACUGACCCAUCUCCAGUCCCACGUCCGGCUCAUCAGGAGAGCAGCUGGCUGACGCCACCCCCACGGAUGAGGCAAGUGGAUGCCUUCAGGCCAGGCACCCUGCAACACACUGCACCUACCAGCAAGACAGGCCUGGAAAAACCAUCAUGAUGCCAAGUGCUAGGCACAGGAACCCACUGGCCCUGGCUGCAGGCUGCCCAGCCCAUUAAAGUGUAGCUGUCUGGACUGGUCAUGCUAGAAGCUGGCAAGCAGGUUUGGUGUGUCAGCGUCACUUAGAGGUGUGCAGGGUGUGCUCAGGCUCCUUGGCACAGCCUCUCUGCCCAUCAGGCUGCCCUGGGUAAGAGCCCAGCUCUGCCCACACCGGCAGGAGUGAGGACCACUGCCACCUUGCUGCAUAAGGCCCCAGGAGCCACUUUCCACUGUGGUGUGUUGCUCCCCACCCAGGGAGCCCCUUUCCAUGACAGAACACUGGUCAGCAGUCUCCAGUCCUGCACAGCUGAUCAUCCCUGCAGCAUGGCACUGACAGACCCAGUGUGGGUUGUGUAAUGGUGAGUGCCAGGCUCAGACAGUCACAAAUACCCCCAUGACUUGGCACUGGCACAGCUUGGGGAGGCAGCUGCCUAGCCAUCUGCAGACUGGACUAGGCUGUCAGUGUAGGCAUGGGAUGGGUUAUCAGUGCAGGCAGACACAGGUUAUCCAUGCAGGCAUGGGCUGGGUUCUCCAGCCCAUGUGAGUGCUGGAGAGCAGUUACAGGCUGGCACUUGAUACAGUUCAUGAGAGAUC